AUGAGAGAAGCUCUUUUCGUUGUGGGUGGAAUGACCUGCAGCGCUUGUGUUAAUACUAUCACUACGCAAGCGCUGUCAUUGGUUGGUGUUAAAGAGUGUACAGUUUCUCUGGUGACUAAUGAGUGUUUUGUGAAGUAUGACUCAGACCACUGUAGUACUGAGAGCAUUGUCGAGACUAUUGAGGACUGUGGGUUUGAUUGUGAGCUUGUCCGAGAUGGUGAUGACCAGUGUUUGAAGCAAGGUGUGCUUACAGUUCAUGGAAUGACUUGUGGUUCCUGUGUCUCUACAGUUACGAAGCAAGUGGAAAGUUUAGCAGGGGUCCAGAGAGCUGUGACAGCUCUUGUGACUGAAGAGUGUAAAGUUGAUUUUAAGCCAUGGGAAAUUACGUUGGAAAAAGUGAAAGAGGCCAUUGAAGAUUGUGGAUUUGACGCUGCCAUAGUUUCAGUAUCUGAGACUGAUACUCUUCCGAAUGUCAAGGUUACUUCUUUCAAAGUGCUUGCGGUCUCUUCAACCGUUGAGGUGGCAGAGAGAGCUGAACAGUUUCGUGCCUUGGUAGGGAAUGGAAUCCUAGCCGCCGACCUGUUAGGCACCGAUACACUUGAGGUUAGGUACGAUAGGGAUAAGAUUGGGAUUCGCGAGGUCAUUCAUAAGAUAGAAGACCUAGGUUACGAUGCAGUUGUCUCCUCGGCACUUGAUAAUAACGCACAACUCAGAUUACUGUCCAAGGUGCAAGAGAUACAUUUUUGGAGAUCAAUGUGUUUCAAGUCGUGCUUUUUUGCAAUCAUUACAAUGACGCUGUACAUGGGCUUACCCAUGGGAGCUCCGGGGCUUGUUAAGAACAACAAGUUUCCCUUUAACGAAUCAUUUGUGAAAGGAUUAUAUUAUCGUGACAUUUUUGGAUUACCCAUGGCCACAUACGUGCAGUUUGUCCUCGGUUUUUACUUCCAGAAAGCUUUUUGGAAAUCGUUGAAACAUGGCUCGGGCACCAUGGAUACCCUGGUGUGCGUUUCCACUUCAUGUGCAUAUUUUUUCUCUUUAUAUUCCAUUCUUCACAGUAUCGUGCACCCCAGCGAGAACGGUGAACUACCAAAUGUCAUCUUCGAUACUUCCGUUAUGCUAAUAGCAUUUAUAACACUUGGAAAAUUAUUAGAGACCAAGGCAAAAUCGGCAACUUCCACAGCUUUGUCUAAACUGAUAUCAUUGACACCUUCUUCCUGUACUAUUUUGCAGAAUGGAGACCUUCAAGAACCGCUAGAAAUACCGAUAGAUUUACUAGAGAUAAAUGAUAUCGUCGAAGUCAAGCCAGGUAUGAGAAUUCCCUCUGAUGGUGCUAUUGUUCGAGGCGAAACGGAAGUAGACGAAUCAUUAAUGACCGGCGAGUCAUUACUGGUACACAAGAACAUUGGUUCGACAGUAAUAGGCGGGUCCAUUAAUGGUCCCGGCCAUUUUUACUACAAGGCGACUGCUGUUGGUGAUGAGUCGAAAUUAUCAACUAUUAUCCAAACAAUGAAGCAAGCGCAACUUACUAAGGCUCCUAUACAGAGAUAUGCGGAUUUCUUGGCAUCUAUAUUCGUCCCUUCAAUUUUGUGCUUGGCGCUGAUUACGUUCAUCACCUGGAUAAUACUGUCUAAAGCCCUGAAGAAUUCAUCUCUCAUGAUGGACUCGAGAAAUGGUAUGUUUUACGAAUGUUUUCAGAGAGCCAUCUCCGUUGUCAUCGUGGCAUGCCCAUGUGCGCUCGGUCUAGCAGCGCCUACUGCAAUUAUGGUUGGAACAGGGUUAGGCGCACAGCAUCAGGUACAGAUAAAAGGUGGUGAUGUCCUCGAGAGAUUCAAUAACGUUGGAGCUUUUGUCUUUGAUAAGACUGGGACUUUGACCACGGGCCGUAUGAGUGUGAAGCAAUUUUCACCAAUUGGCAAAGUUAGUGAUGAGAUGAUGGCAUGUAUUAGAGCUUCUGAAAGAAUAAGUGAGCAUCCUGUAGCAAUGGCGAUAGCAGACUACUGCGAAGAACACCUAUCGCGUGAAAAUCACCUCGUUGCUAAUGUUUUGCAGAGUACCAUACAUAUGGGCAAGGGCCUGACAUGUGAAUGUGAAAUGAGCGGGAUCAAGUACAGAGUCACCGUUGGAAACAAAUCCCUAGUAUCUGAAGAGUCUGAGCAAUUUUCAUUCCAUGAGGCGGAAGAAGAAAGCGGGUGUACACUUUCUUAUGUCUGCAUUAACGGUCAGGUUGUAGGUAGGUUCGAACUCUCAGAUUCUAUAAGAAAAGAUGCCUACAACACGAUACAGUAUCUAAAAUCCAAGGGCAUCGAGACAUUCUUGGUUACCGGUGAUACCCACAGUUCAGCGGUAAAAGUAGCUCAUGAAGUUGGAAUGCCUAUGAAUAACAUUUACAGCGAAGUCUCACCCAGCGGCAAGUCUGAAGUUGUUGAACAGUUGAAGGUUGAUUUGGGGCAAAGCAUAGUAUUUGUCGGUGAUGGGAUCAACGAUUCGCCCGCACUAGUUACCAGUGACGUUGGUAUUGCAAUCUCAACAGGGACUGAUAUCGCUGUAGAGGCCGCUGAUAUUGUUGUGCUAUGUGGCGGUAAUGAGAGCAAGGCAACGUUGAGGGGCUUAAUUGAUGCCUUUGACAUCUCACGCUCUACUUUCCGCCGGGUUAAGUUAAAUCUUUUUUGGGCCCUUUGUUAUAAUACAUUUAUGAUUCCAAUUGCAAUGGGCUUCCUAGUACCCUGGGGCAUAGCUCUUCAUCCCAUGGCAGCUGGUCUAGCCAUGGUUUUGAGUUCGGUCAGCGUAGUUAUGAGUUCUUUGGCUUUAAAGAGAUGGAAACCGGUCAAUUUGGAUGCGUUUGAGGAAUCAAACUACAAUAAUUCUGGUCACAGUUGGCUACGGCCCUUCUCCAAGAGCCAUAGACUACCUGUAAAUGAGGAUAUUGAAUUGCAAUCUAGAUUGUUGCAUUAA